GCUGAGUCAAAAGCCAAGAAGUCUCUUUAUUUACGCCUACCUCCCAGCCCCCGGCAAUCUGACUAAUAACAAACUGAGCUAACAAGAAAGACUAGAAAGAGCAGAGAGAACACAGAAGCAGCUUGGAUGUAAAAAUCUGACAAACCAAGUGAUUAAGUUAAACUCUGCUGAGCAUUUGUUUGUUUACUGCAUCCAAAUGCUUGCAAACAGUUAACUAUAUACAGAAAAGUCAGCAUAGCUGUGAAGUAUGCUGUGAAUUUUAAUUGAGGAAAAAGGACAACUGCUUACAUGAUGGUCUAACGUGCACGCUGCCUGGAAGAUUUUUUUGAUUAAACGCUUUGUAUUUUGUCUUCUGAACAAGGAUUUUAACUUUAUGGAACUGUAGUAUUAGCAGAGCUUGCAGCAAAGAAAAACUCAGAAGAAAGUGUGCAUUUUUCACAAGGAAAAAUUACAUCUCAUUGAAACAGCUGCUCCAAUUUUGCAUUACCGAGCAUUUCGGGGAGUGUUACAGUUGUACAGUUUGGGAGUACAAGGAUUGCAGAGGAAAGACCUUUUGAUUUACAUACAUAAUGCAGAACCAAAGGAGAGAGUCCCUGUAUCCUGACUGAAUGGGCUUUUGCUCACAACACAUUGUUGAACCAAACCAAAUCUUGUUUCCUCUCUUCAGCAUCUGGACAUUAAGUUGAGUUUAGCAAGAAUCUGCUGGGCAAGAUGAAGCUCUGGAUUUUUAUUCUGUAUUCAGUUGUGGUUGCAUCUGAUCCUUUCCAGUCCCAGCCUUCUUUUUCUUCAGUCAGAGGAUCUUGUCAGAGUUUGUGUUCCUGUGAGGAAAAGGAUGAUACUAUGAUUAUAAACUGUGAAGAAAGAGGCAUCAAGAUGGUAUCAGAAAUAAAUGUCCCACCAUCACGGCCUUUCCAUCUUAAUCUAUUAAACAAUGGCCUGACUGUGUUACACAUGGAUGAUUUUGCUGGCCUUGUUAAUGCUAUCUCUCUACAUCUUGGUUUUAAUAAUAUUGCAGAUAUUGAGCCUGGGGCUUUCAAUGGUCUCAGCCUUCUUAAGCAACUUCAUAUCAAUCACAAUUCUUUAGAAACACUUAAAGAAGAUACCUUUAAUGGAUUGGAAAAUUUGGAGUUUCUUCAAGCAGACAACAAUUUCAUCACAGUGAUUGACCCAAGUGCCUUUAGCAAGCUCAACAGGCUUAAAGUGCUUAUUUUGAAUGAUAAUGCCAUUGAGUAUCUUCCUCCAAACAUAUUUCGUUUUGUGCCAUUGACCCAUUUAGAUCUUCGUGGAAACCAGUUACAGACACUGCCUUAUGUUGGCUUUUUGGAACACAUUGGUAGAAUACUAGACCUUCAGUUGGAAGACAAUAAAUGGGCCUGUAACUGUGAUUUGCUGCAGCUGAAGAUAUGGCUAGAAAACAUGCCUCCGCAGUCAAUAAUAGGUGAUGUUGUAUGCAAUAGUCCUCCAAUUAUUAAAGGCAGCAUCCUAAGCCGGUUGAAAAAAGAAUCACUUUGUCCCACCCAUCCUGCCAAUGAACUUGAAGAUCCUUCAGGGUCAUUGCCCUUGGUUGUAACCACCUCUAUCAGUGAUAGUUACAUAUCAACUAAGGUGAUUCCUAUCCUGAAUGCUCCUACUAAAGAACCAAGUUUAAUGCUUCAUACUUCAAAGCCUACUACUCAGUUUUCAGGAAUCUAUUGUCCUGUCCCCUGUCACUGCACCAGCCAUAUGCUCUCAGGAGUUCUCAUGCACUGCCAGGAGCGAAAUAUUGAAAGCUUGUCUGAUUUAGGACCUCCUCCUCCAAAUCCUAAAAAGCUUAUUCUAGCUGGGAACAUUAUUCAGACAUUACUGAAAUCAGAUCUUGUGGACUAUGCCAGCCUGGAAAUGCUUCACCUGGGGAACAAUCGCAUUGAAAUCCUUGAGGAAGGAUCCUUUAUGAAUCUGACUAGACUGCAGAAGUUAUAUCUCAAUGGCAAUCAUCUUACAAAGCUAAGUCAGAAUAUUUUCCUUGGCCUUCAGCACCUUGAAUACUUGUACCUUGAAUAUAAUGCCAUCAAAGAAGUUUUGCCAGGGACAUUUAAUGCAAUGCCAAAACUUAAGGUCCUCUACUUAAAUAACAACCUUCUGCAGACUUUGCCACCCCAUAUCUUUUCAGGUGUUCCGCUUGCCAGAUUAAAUCUGAAGACAAACCAAUUUGCUCAUUUGCCUGUGAGCAAUGUCUUGGAUGAACUGGAUAUGCUAGUACAAAUUGAACUUGAAGACAACCCUUGGGACUGUACCUGUGAUUCAGUUGGGCUGCAAAAAUGGAUACAAAAACUGAGUAAGAAUACAAUGAUGGGUGAUAUUUUUUGUAAAUCUCCAGGACAUCUAGCAAAAAAAGAACUGAAAUCCCUGAACAGUGAAGUCUUGUGUCCAGGUUUAAUAAAUAGCCCUGCCCUACCAACUCAUGCUGGUUUUGUAGUUGUGACAACUUCUACUACUACCAACACUGCAGACACCAUCCUGCGGUCCCUUACAGAUGCUGUCCCACUUUCUGUUCUUAUAUUAGGACUUCUAAUUGUGUUUAUAACUCUUGUAUUUUGUGCAGCAGGAAUAGUUGUUCUUGUUCUGCAUCGGCGACGAAGGGAUAAAAAGAAACAAGCAGAUGAACAAAUGAGGGAUAGUAGCCCAGUUCACCUUCAGUACAGCAUGUAUGGGCAUAAAACAACACACCAGACAACAGAGCGCCCAGCUGCAAGUCUCUAUGAGCAAUGUAUGGUUACUCCCAUGGUUCAGGUCUACCGCAGCCCAUCCUUCAGCCCCAAGCAUACUGAGCAACAGGAGGAGGGAAGUGAGAAGGAAGCUGAUGAUUCCAAACAUCUCCGCCGAAGUCUUCUGGAAAGAGAGAACAGUUCACCUCUUACAGGUUCAAAUGUCAAAUAUAAGGCUACAGAUCAACCUGCUGAAUUUCUGUCUUUUCAGGAUGCGAGCUACUUAUAUAGAAACAUUCUCGAAAAAGAGAGAGAACUGCAGCAACUAGGGAUCACGGAGUACCUAAGGAAAAACAUUGUCCAGCUCCAGCCUGAUAUGGAAGUUCAUUAUCCGGGAACACAUGAGGAGAUGAAGCUAAUGGAGACACUCAUGUACUCCAGGCCAAGAAAGGUGUUUCUAGAACAAACUAAAAAUGAGUAUUUUGAACUCAAAGCUAAUUUACAUGCUGAGCCUGACUACCUGGAAGUCCUGGAGCAGCAAACGUGAAGUGGCAAUAUGUUGGGUUGGGGCCGAAUUUCUGCAAUUCUAUUUUAAGUUGCAACCACUGCAAAUAAAAGUGCCUUAUAAUAACAUGUCAACAGUCAGAACUUAAGCACAGCAGUAAUCCUAGCAAAAAAAAACUCAGGGAUCACUGUGGGAAGCCAUCGGGUUAUGUGCAGGCAAUAUGUCUCACCCCAAGAUAAACAUGAACUUUGUGUGAUUGAACUGUGAGAGGAAGAUUGCUUAUUUCAAUAUUCCUCAACAUUUUAAAAAGGUGUGCAUGGCACUCUCCACUCUGUACCCAACAUGUGGAAAAAUAUUUGUUACCCUUUGCUCUUUCUUUUUAACCUCAGUUUAAUUAGAUUCUUAAAAAAACAAAGAAACAAACAAACAAACAAAAAAAAAAAA